AUGCUAAAAGUUGGAAGGGAAAGAGCUCAUUUUCACAAUUUCCUUUUUUUUUCCCUCACAGUGCACGUAAAGGCAGGAACAUGCGAGGUAAUUGCUGCCCACCGCUGCUGCAACAAGAACAAGAUUGAGGAGAGAUCUCAGACUGUCAAAUGCUCCUGUUUCCCUGGCCAGGUUGCCGGCACCACUCGGGCGAUGCCCUCCUGUGUUGAUGCCUCCAUUGUAGCCCAAAAGUGGUGGUGUCAGAUGCAGCCGUGUAUGGAAGGUGAGGAGUGCAAGGUUCUACCGGACCUCACGGGAUGGAGCUGCAGCACGGGCAACAAAGUCAAGACCACAAAGGUAACCCGAUAGUCCUGCUCAUCUCAAGUCAAAAAGAAAAGAACCCGGCAAAGUUAUUUACUCAGCACAAUGAACUCGUCAACCUUUGAGGAUGUGCACUCAGAUGGAUUUCUAUGUGGAACCAGCAAUUGCUUGAUCUUUCCAAGGACAGCUGGGAACUAGUGGCUGGAGAAACGGGACUCUAACACUGCUUGCCGUCGCGUUAAACAUGGUUGACUUUCCUGGAUCAUCUACAGCAAAGGACUAUGUUACCCACAAUCCUUUCAUGCUACGAAAAAAAUGAACAAGUUCUAUGACUUAAACAUAGUUAGAUAACAGUCAGAUCAUCUUUCCAGAAGCUCCUGUUGCUUAUCUGACGUUUCUGGACAAGUUGUACUCCCCAUACAUUGUUGGAACAACGAUAAAGAAUCCUUUUAACAGAGCCCUUAAGUACAAAGCGUCACAAAAAAAUGGCUAUUAAUCCAUAAUACUUGCCUCAUGUAGUAUUGGUGACAUAUUCAAAUUUACGUGUGCCACAUACAACCUGCUUAAUGCUGUCAAAAAAUAAUCCUUGAUCUCUUUUUUUUUCUUGUUUAUUCUUUUCUUUUUCUACACUGUAACAAUAUUUUACCAUGAGCGGGUUGUGGCUUACCACAUGCCAUUUUUUUAAACGCAGUUUGUCUUUUUUCUGCUUUUUAUUUUUACAGAGGCGAGGUUAGACUAAUACAAAACUAGAUGUUAUGGUAUAUUGAAACAUGUAAACAUAUAAAAAAAAAACAGCAAAAGAGAAAGUAUGGAAUGAAUGAAAUUAAUGGGGCUAGAAAUAAAUUGAUGCUCUAAUAAUUUUAAUAUCUGUGUUUUUAAAAAAACGCCUGUUAACUGCUAUUGAGUACAUGUGUCAGUAUUAUAUGAAAUGAAUAAAACCUUUCAAAAAAGGA